AUGAAGCUCACACCUUUCCCCUUCGGCCUAAGCAUCGGUACUGAUAUAGUCCACAUUCCUCGGGUUCUUCGGCUCAUCACGCGUUCUCCCUCGCCCACAAACACGUAUCUCCACAGAUUCGUAAAGCGCAUAUUGUCUGAACAGGAGCAGAACCAGUUCUUUUCUAAGUUUCCGCAAUACAGACCCCAGCUUAAACAGUCAGGAACGCUACCCUUUGCUGAAUCAACGGUCGCCGCGUCUGCAGACACCGCGAGGUGGCUGGCUGGUCGGUUUGCGGCAAAGGAAGCUGCAAGGAAAGCUGCCCCGGGCGGCGCGUCGAGUAUCAGCUGGAAAGAGGUCAUUGUGCGAGCCGAGUCUGGAGGGAAUGGAAAGCCGGAGGUUGUCUACGCUAGAAACGCCGCGGGCCAUGGCCAGAUUGGAAAACUCUCCAUUUCGCACGAUGGCGACUAUGUUGUCGCAACGGUUAUGGCAGCAUGCCCUGUCGGGUGA